UUUACUUCAUAUCCAAUUUAAAAAUCAUACACCUAUGAAAAUGAAAUGUUUAUUUAAAAAAUCUAUAAAAUAUUGUAGUGCUGGGCAGACUGAGACCUCACAAAAGCAGCGAAUGACAAGGAGAUUUGUUUGCCGGGGUAGUAGUCCUUAACAGGACUCUCUUUAUUUAACAGGACUACAACAGGCACCCAACAAGUACCUAGUAUAAGCAGGGAAAAUCCGGGAGGGUCGACGCUGGUGUCAGGGUCGUGGGUGAGCGGGUGAGGCAGGAAAGAUCAGGUGGAAUGUGGGGAAAACGGGGAUUUAUUAAAGGGACAGGUAGUACGGGACAUAACAGACCUAACAUCAAUGACGGACGAAAGGCAAGGCAAGACGUGGACUCAAAUAGACAAGACUGGGCAAGAUCAGGAAAGCACACGAGGAUAAUCAGGGGGCGUGGCACACACGAGAAUCGGACGAGCCGGGCAUGACAGCUGGAGGUACACACACGAUAUCUGGAUAUAAUAACUAUGAAGUGAUGAGCUCAGCGACCCAAUUCAAUAUUAGUGUUAUAAAAUUAAACCAAGCCAUCAAUGACGACUACCAGGACACAGGUUAUGACCGUGGGCACCUAAACCCCAACUGCUUACAGAAGGGCAAUGGCCGAAUAGCAACGUUUACACUGACCAAUGCUGCACCCAUGGAUCGCAAUUUUAACCGUGUACAUUGGAGGAAGUGGGAGGUGCGGUUAAAAUGUAUAUUAUCUUUUUAUGAUAAAACAUUUACCCCCUAUAUUGUUACUGGUACAGUCCCCAGUCCUAAUAACCGAAUACCUAAGGGAGUAACAAAUGUGUCUGGGAGAGUAUCAGUGCCCACUCAUGUCUGGACAGCUGUUUGUUUCGUAGAGAAAAAUAGAGAAGGAGAAGAAAGGCAGAAAUUUUCAUUUGGCUUCAUAGGAGAAAACAAACCAGGCAGUGUCAUAACGGUAAUGUCUGUGAUAGAGCUGAAUGCUAGACUGGGAGAUCUGUAUCAUAGCUCAGUUAGUAUAUUUGCUGAUGACUGUUUUACUAGAAAUAAAAAAUCGCAAGAGAUUAUAGAAGAACUGAAAUAUAAAAUAAAAGUGAAACAAAUAAUCCAGAACCCUUCAGUUAUCACAGAAUGCUCAAAGAGAACAUUUGAUGAUCCCAAUGAGUAUUUCCAAGUAAAUGAGAAGAUGAAGAAAGACAAUAAUGAAGUUUGUCUUUUAACUAAGAACGGUAAUCAAGCUAUUUCCUUUGUUAAUGAUGAGCUCAGAAAGAGGGACGUUGGUCAGGGAUCCCAACCUAUUGAAUGUUGGGUCGUCCCAGAGAAAUCUAGUGCCGAGGGGAUGACCACAGCAGAUGGCACACGUUGUCAGAAUGGCCUGCGUUACUGUAACACAGAAAGUGGAUUCAAGCCCUGCUGUACCUCCCCCUGCCUGUACCAGGAGAAGCUCAGGGACUUCUGGUGUUACUCGGGACAGUCCUACAUACAGUGCUCGCCCCAGUACUCACUCAUCACUGCAGGAGGGGAGCAAUGCAAAGAUGAUCACCCCUGUGCCACAUAUGGAUUUGACUACUACUGGUGUGAGACAUCUUUGUGGUCCUGGGAUUACUGCAGUCCACCUCUGCCUGACAGUAUAGCGCAAAAUGGAGAAAAAUGUCUAAUCAAUCAUGCAUGUGGCAAAUAUGGUUAUAGUUACUACUGGUGCUACACUGAUUAUAAUGAUCACUGGGAGUACUGCUGCACUCAUAAUGAUCGCUUUUCAGCUAUAAAUGGCAAAACCUGUCAGCCUGAUCACCUCUGUGGAAUGUAUGGUGAAGACUACUUAUGGUGCUACACCACAGAUGGCAGAUGGGAUUACUGCUGUGUGGGAGACUGAAAUUUAAAAAGAGUUUGUAGUAGUUAGUAACCAUGAUUUUUUGUUGUUUAUGAUUUUGAAUUUGAAUAAAAAUGAAAAUGUCUAUGCUUUGCUUAAUUACACAUAUUUCAUAGUGAGCUUUGCACAGAUUCAGAUAUAUGCGUCUGAAUAUUACUCAAUAAAAUAAUGUACUUAUACGAAAUGAACAUUUCAACUUCUGCAAUGUUACAUUGCUUUUCUUUGCACAUAUUUCUAUUUGAUACUUUACUGCUGAUAUGGUUUCCUAAAAGAUCAUUUGACCUCAGAAACACGACACACAAAUGUUUUUGAGUAAAAUUGAUUCAAUAAUUUCCUCUUGUGUAUGUAAAUAAAGCAGCAGUAAAAUCUUGAA